AUGAAAAUCCCACCUGGCUUGACUGGCUUUGAUGGGAAGGCUCUCAAGGGAGAAGUCUACUUGACAAGUGGUAACUCAGGUCCUCCAGGUAACCGGACGAAGCUACUUGAAGAGGGCGUGAAGCGCGAAGGCAAUCACUUCACCUGCUACGCUCUGACCGCAGAAGACGAUGCUAUCGUACCGUGCUUCAACAUCAAUUCAGGUGUUGUCGAGUUCACUGACGUUGUCGUCGAUGGUAUCUUACGAGCUUCUCAUAGCAACGAGGCUGGCACCAGGAACUUCAGCAAGAAGUUUGAAUGGGUUGUUGGUCAAACCAAAUCGAGGAACAGAUAUGUCGACAGAAUUUAUCAGCUACAAGUAGCAAAGAGGAACAUUGAAAAGACACGAAAUGUCAAAGGUGGCGCACCUCAUUCUGUCGGUAGCAUCGUAAUACAAAUAUUCCGCAAAGAUCCCAACGCUCAUAAGAACCACGCGACUGAUUCUGAUUCUGAUGAUUCCUCAUUAUCAAAAGAAAGAACUCCAGAUCUCGGCUAUGCAGAACGUGCACCGACGUUCGAAGACCAUACUGAAUGGUGGACUCUUAAUCCUUGUAUUGACGAAGACACUGUUCCUUCUCCCCCCUUCGAAGUUGGCGGCGUUGGCUAUAGGAAGUUUCAGGGGAACGCAAAAAGCCUCGUUGUGAAGAAAUGGCCCGGUGAUUACAAGAUUUGGGCUUCAUUCAAAUUUCUCCUCUUCUCUACCGCCGAGUUCCAUAAGUUGGGCUUCCUGGAUACCCCAGAAUACAUUGGAACACCGUGGAAUGGAACAAGGGCAUCGUCAAAAAAGCCGACUGCAAAGGAUGUUUCACGAGCAUCAAAGGUAUCUUCGGUCAUUGACCCCGACGAUGUCGGCAGCGAUCAUGAUGAUGAUGUUGAUACUGUUGAAAAUGUCGAUAAGCCUACACCUGAGACAAAGACUAAAUUGGACGAGUCAAGAAAAACUAACAAAGGCAAAGAAGUUAGUAGUAAUAUCAUUAAGAGCAGUGUUUCUGUAGAAAUCGAAGUUCCUUUUCAAGCAACCAAGUCGAUGAAAUCAGUGGGGAAACAUACUAGGGUCAUCGAAGAUUCUCAGUACUCAGAAACCCUCGAUGAGAGCUCUGCUGAAGCAAACAGAACUGUCUUAAAGCCUGGCCGUCUUUCAAAAGUAUCUCAGGUUAUUGAUCUUAGUGGUGAAGAUGCUAGCGAACCUACAGAUACCGCAGUCUUUACACCAACUAUUAAGGUCGAGAGGGAUGAGUUGACAGGCAAUGGCGUCGAUCAAAGCAAUGGAACCCGAACAAACCGCAAGAGAAAGCCACUUUCUAUGCCCGGGAUGGAAGGAGCUCCGGCAAGCGAAGCCUGGAAUGAUCCUCAUCGUUCUUUAUGGUAUCAACACAGAAGCUUAAGCAAAAAUGUAGACGAUUUCCUCACGCUCAACACUGAUCAAUCCCAAGCUGAGGGAGAUCUUACCUCAUCGGAAAAAUCCAGAAUUACAUCUUUGGAUAACUCAGACAGCUUGAAACAGCCCUCUGUGCCAUGUAUAGUUGGAGAAGCAGCCGAGAAACAGACUGUCACUCACUUUAAGCCACUUGGUACUCAGGGGUAUGGUCUAUCCUGGGAGCCUUUAACCCCGCCAGUAUCGUCAAAGAAGUCAGGUUCAAAUUACUUAAACCACUUUGGAACCGAAAGACGUGUUUUAUUUGGAGAUUCUGAUGGCACAAUCCAAAUUGAAUCAGCAGCUCGUGCUAUUAUCACUGAAGAUAAUUAUAGUGACAAUGAUAGCCGCGAAGCAAGUCCCUCAGUCAAACACGACCAGACAGUUCCAGAAAACAAAGCUGGAGAAUUAAGCCAACACGGCCUAGAAUUCACCUUGAAAACAAAAGCUUCAAAUAUUGAGAAACCUGGCCAGUCUUCAAACGCCAAUCACAUGGAAACAAAUUUUAACGAGUUCAUUCACACAUCACCUCAGCCUGAAGAUACAGAAAUGGUCGACGCCGUCGAAGCCGAACCUGAAGCACAGUUAACAGCAUCACGAUCGCCAUCUCCUAAGCUUGGUCCUCAAUCUACAACCACAGACCAAGAUCAAGAUGCUGUGAAUAAAACCGAACCCUCUGAAUCUAAAGAGUUGAAUGCGUCACAAGAUGGUCAAAAUGACUCUGAGAAAUCAACACAAGAAAUACCUGAGAGCAUUCUUGAAGGGAUCGCGGAAGGUCAAAGACUUCAGAGGGCCAAACGAUUCCCAUCAAGUGCUAUUCCUGAAGUAGAAACUGAAGCAGCUUUCGAGUUUCAUCAAGCUGGAGUCUCAUCAGACACUGAGAUGACCAAUUCUGAAAACAAUAAAUUGCCUUCCACAGCCACGGAUCCUAAUAGCAGACUCAAUGAUGCACCUUCUGACAUUGGAAACCAACAAGAUGGUCGAAAAGACUCUCCUUCUGAAGCUGAUGAGUCUACGAUAACAGUCGGUACCACCAAGCCAGCCACGCAAUCAAAUACAAGAGCCCCAGCUGCUUCCAAACCCUCCUCUGCUCCAAAGACACAGCCUUCGUCGGUCUCUAAGACAGCCGCUGUCCAAAAGCCACCAGCUGUGAAGGUUGAAAAACAUUCAAAUGUCUCCGCUCAACCGGAAAAUUCUCAAGCUAAGCCAAGAAAGUCGACUUCAAAAGUUGAAAGCUCUUCGGCUGCAUCAGCACAACCUGAGCAAUCUCAAGCCAAGCCAAAGAAGCCCUCUCCAAAGACUACCAAAGCCGCAAGUACCCCAAAGGCUUCAAAGGUACCAACAGCUGUUGUUCCUGAAGAGCCCGUAGCCAAACCCAAGGGCAAAAGCAGGGCUAAGGCUGGAGUGAAUGAUAAGCGCAAGGCUGAUCAAAUGACCUCCGCUAGCAGCAAUUCGGGACCGAACAAGACGAAUAUAUCUCCCGCUUUGAAGCAAACAUCUACCGUUGAGGGUGCGAUUGCCAUAGCAGAAGCAAGAAAGCAAGCAGCUAUCGAGAAGAAGCAAGCUUUGGAAGAAAAGUUAAAGGCAAUUCAAGUAGCGAAGGCGGAGAGGGAGGCUGAUAGAAUCAACAAAGAGGCACAGGCUUUUGAGGAUGAAGUCGCUGAAUUAGAGAAGAAGAUUGCGAUGGAACAAAUGGAUGACGAAUGAGCUUACUCCAUCGAUUUAAAAUAAGUUACCGAACUGGCGCCCUUGUGAUGCAAAGCCAACUUCAACAUCUUUUACAAUAACCAUAUUCCAAAUCCGGGAAUAGCUCGUUAUCAUGCGCCAACUCCCAGUUACAAAACCUUCUUAUAUUUUUUCGCACAUUUGCUUUAUUGGUUAUUAUGCGGAUUUCGAAGGAGUUUAUUGUUGCAUGAUCAUUCCCUACUCAUACUGAAACUCUCUUAUCUAAAGGCAACACCAAAAUAGCUAGAAUCUUUUUGCAGGUUGAAGUUGACAAUCAACAUUUGAUAUGGUUGGCUGUCUUCAACAACUUCGAGCAAAUAGCAGAAUAUCUAGCAUACUUAUGCUGGGCCACAAGCUUACUGAGAGUGUUUUAUUGCUACUCUUUAUUUUUCCUUUUGAUCUCUAUGUGGGCUGCAGCAAGCACAGCAUACAUCAAUUUAUGGGCGUAGAUUUUUGCGGAAUUUGAUACCUUUCUUCAUGGUGGUAGCAUUAGGAUAUCAAACAAACGAUGAUAGAUCAAGAACAAAAAGGCGAAUUUGCAUGACAAGAAGGUCAUGAGGUCCAAUGGGAACCAUCAAAUA